AUGCCUUACAACACUCGUCGGAAGUCUUUGUCGCUGCCUUCGCUCGGCAUCCAUCUGCCUAACGCCUCUCGCGUUCACCGCCCAAGUCCCAAGGCUACACCCACCGCCGAAUCCACACCUGCUCCUCCAGCAAAGAAACUCAAACGGUCGCACGAUGCCGACGAGCCUCUGUCUCCCAUUUCCUCUCCACGCUCCAAGACGGGCUCUCCCGCCAUCGACCUCCCAGCGUCUACAACCACGCCACUACGCAGAGGCGCAGCCGAACAUACGCCUCCCCCCUCUCCGGGUCUGACUGCCCAGGUGCGCAAAGUCGACACAGCUGGUAUCAACGACGACAUAGUGAUUGCCGUAAUUGAACAAUUGGAAAAGACGGGCAACCGGCCACACCUCAUUAGAGACCUUGCCGCGAUACUAGCCUCCACCAACUCUAGCAUUGCACAUUCUGCCAAUCCUGCCGCAUUACUUUCAUCGCGUCUGAGUCUAUACCUCAAGCGGCCAUGGACCGCUCUCUCACCUUGCCCGCUCGCCAAGGAGCUCAUUCCCGUCCAUCCACGGAAAGUGUUCUUUUUCUUGACGACACAACCACGGUUACCAUUGCCUGAGAAGUCGGACGACAUCCUCCCGCCACCACUGAUCUCUGUCAAGACCCUGACUCCCAGUGUGUCGGAUCAGAGCCAGGUCGAUGAUGAGCUGGAGGUGGAUCAGCGAGAUCGAGCACGUUUUUCUCCCAGCCCUGAAGUAGAACUAUAUUCUCCCGAAUUGGAUCAAGAGGACUCUAUGGAGCCGUCGACACCGGGGGAAUACUUCAGCGCCAGAAGUAGUCUCAACCCAGAUGGCACACCAGAGACCCGUCGAAGACCCAAUCGAGCACCAAGUCCGCCUCUGGAAGCAGACGAGCGAGGCUUCACCGAAACGGCAACGGCAGUCCGGGCUCGUGGCGUGAGUCUUCAAACUCACACGGUGCAGGCGUCAGUUGAAGUUGAGGACACAGCCCGACCCCUCGAGGCGUCGGAAGAGACACCCGAACAGCGGCAGAAGCGCGACCGCGAGCUUGGAAUGGAACUCUUCGGACAAUCCCAUUCAAGCCUGCACGUGCCAGAACAGAAGAUGUUCUCGAGUAGCCCCAUGAUCCAGGCACGAGAAGACCAGCCUGGCACCAUGGCUAAGAUGGACAUUGCCCUGCAAUUGGACGACAUUGCGAUGGGAGAGGUUUCUUGGACCAUCAUGAGUCCCGAGCAGAUCGACGUCGACGAGCUCGACACACUGUUCACGGGAUUCUAG